AUGCGCGCUUUUCCCGCCACACUUCUCCUAGCUACUCUAGCUCCUUGUAUUCAUGCUGGCGUCAUCGCUACUAGGAAAGACCACGGCACUUUUAACGCCUAUACCGACGACCACUGCGGCCAUUUUGAGCAAACCGUCUAUGCUUGGGAGGGUAUUGAGCGGGGUCAGAUCUGCCCCAACAUGAAGUCGGUUAAGGCUGCUAUUGCCAAUGACACCCGAAAGCAAGCUAAUCUCCGAGACUCUUAG